AUGGACAACACAGCUGAAACUGCCGGCGGAGAUCCGCCGAAGAAGGCGGCGCGUCGGUCGAGGAAGGGUUGCAUGCGCGGCAAGGGCGGCCCGGACAACGCCCUCUGCACCUACCGCGGCGUCCGGCAGCGGACGUGGGGCCGCUGGGUGGCCGAGAUCCGCGAGCCCAAGCGCGGCUCCCGCGUCUGGCUCGGCACCUUCAACACCUCCCUCGAGGCCGCGCGUGCGUACGACGACGCCGCACGCCGACUCUACGGCGCCGCCGCUAAGCUCAACCUCCCCGAAGAGGGUUGCGCCUGCGAGGUGCCGGCGGCCGUAUCCGCCGCCGGAGAAGACAUCGGCGGAGAAUGGCUGCCAGAGUACUUCGAGGAUGGUUUCGGGGUGGCGAGCAGCUUGUGGGAGGUGCCGGCGGCGCCGACGCUGCUGGACGAGAAGCAGGGGUGGAGCUGGCCGGAAUAUGAGCUGGAUACCAUGGAUGACCACCAAGUUCCGCCGGCGUGCUAG